AUGACCGUUGAGGCCUCCACCGUGCUCACUGACGUGCAUUUGGGUGACAGCAUAGCAGUCAACGGCACAUGCCUGACAGUCACCACUUUCGACUCCUCCUCCUUUGUAGUCGGCCUUGCGCCCGAGACGCUCCGCCGCACCAACCUGGGGGACCUUAAGGAGGGCUCGCCUGUCAACCUCGAGCGCUCCCUGCGGGCCGACAGCCGCUUGGGUGGACACUUUGUGCAGGGUCAUGUGGAUUGCACGGGCGUGAUCAAGAGCAAGCGGCCAGAGGGCGAUUCUCUCUGGCUGACCGUGCAGUGCGACCCCUCACUGCUCAAAUACAUUGUCCCCAAGGGCUACAUUGCAGUGGACGGAACCAGCCUUACAGUGGUGGAGGUCAAUGAUGAGGAGAGCUGGUUCACCUUUAUGCUAGUUGCAUACACGCAGCAGAAGAUUGUGGUGCCAGGCAAGCAAAUUGGGGAUCGAGUGAACCUUGAGGUGGACAUUAACUCAGCAUACGCUCUCAUUGUUCCUGUGCGACGCCGAUUCCCCUCCCUCUUCAAAAUCCACUGCGAUUUCCUUUACUCAGCGCCGGCGCUGAGUCAAACGGUGUUGGAGGCAUUGGCGCGCAAUGACCAGUUCCACGCGCACGUUUCCGCGCUCGCUGCUGGCGGCUCUGCGCCGGAGACCCCCGACGGCGCGGGUCCCUCUACUUCCGGCCGCACAUCCGCGUACCUCCGCCGUCUCCUGGGACUCGCGGGGGCGCCGCGGAGCACCAGCGUCUCCGCCAAUAACAGUUCCACGGAGUCCUCCCCCCGCGCGCUCUUCCACGACUUCGAUGGGCGGAGCGGCCCCCCGUCGGCGCAGUCAUUGGCUGCAGCAGCAGGAACCGGAUCGCGAGGGGGAGCGGGAGCGGGAGCGGGAGCGGGAGGAGUUCCCGUGCUAGGCGGAGUAAUGGGCCGUUCACGGAAAGAGCGCAGCGUCUCCCCGAUCCCCGCGGCUUCCCGCCUCUCCACCUCCGCCGAUGCUUCCCGUGCGAAAGCGCGCCAGCACGACCCCAAGGCGCUUGCGCACGCCGCCCUGGCGGCCGUGACGACCGGCAGCACUGGCGGCGCCGGCGGAAACUCCACCGCAAGGCACGGCGGCAGGGAGCGGGGAGACCCGCUGCGAGCGCAGAGCGCGAACGAGCACCUCCGCGUGAACGCGUCGCUGAAUACGAGCGACCCGCCGGACGCGCAUAACGGCUCCGCCUGCGCGGCAGAAAUCGUGGGCGGGCGAUCAGGCGGCGGAGCACAAGCGGCGGAAGGAUUAGGCGGAGAGUGUCGGCCGCGCGCGGCAGGAGGCACUACUGCUGGCGGAACCACGACCGCGGAAACCAUGGACGGGGGCGGGGAUGGCGCAAGACCGAUAGCCCUAGGGAACGGGCUUGGGGCGGAAUCGGGAGCAGAAACGGGGGAGGCGGCGGGCGCGGCGUUGGGCUUUUCCGCGGCCGGGCAGAGCGUGGGAGGUAACAGCGCCGCGCAAGAGAGCGCGAACUUCCCUCCCGAGGAAGCGGCUGCAGGCGGAAUGGGCACAGCAGCGGUUCCUGCGGGGACCGCGCGGAAGAGCAGCAGCGCCGCCUCUACGAUCAGCGGCGGGAACUCCGCGCGAGUGAGGCGCAGCCACGACAAGAAAGGGAUCUGUGCCACGUCAUCAGGUGCCUCGACGAGCAACCCGUCUCUCCGGGGAGGCGAGAGCAGGAGUCGAGCCGCCAAGGGACACGGACACGUCUCCUCCAGUGGCCACAUCACCGGGGAUAGCGGCGGGGAUGGUGGCGGGGAUGGUGGCGGAAGUGGCGGAGGGAGCGGCUGCUCUAGUCCACUGACGGCGAGUGCGCUUGCGAGGCUCCCCGGCGGCGAUGUUAAGCGCGGUUCGUCGUCGCGGCAGCAGAAGCAGUCGCGGCUGCUGCAGGAGGUGGAGGAGUGGCUUCAGUCUGCCUCCCCCGCCACCCCCGCGGAAGCGGAAGCCGCCGCCGCCGCCGCUGCAGCCGCCAUGGCCGGGAGCCGGGAAGCGGAGUGGCGGAAGCUGGAUGCGCGGGAGGCGGGGGAGGGGAGCAGGGAUGGGGGGAAAGAACGGCAAGGGCGAGGGAGUGAAAAAGCGAGAGAGAGGGCAGGGGGGACCGAGUACGGAUCACGGGCGAAAGAGAAGGGAAAAGAUAGGGAGAGGGGUAAAGAGCGAGUGAGGGAACGAGUGCGAGAGGAAAAGGGAGACGAGGGAAGAGGAGGGAGAGAGAAGGAGAGGGAACGAGAGGAAAGGGGAGUGGUAGCUGCGGCGGCAGGGAGCAGGAGCUUGGCAGAGAACAAGAAUGUCAAUGGGAGAGGCAACGGCAAGGGGAGCAAUCAUGAGAGUGGUAGUGGCUGGAGUAGCAACAGCAACAGCCACAGCCAUAGCCAGGCUGCGCAACAGCUGAUGCAAUCAGCGCAGUCAGUGCAGUCAGGGCAAGGAGGGGCGGAAACCGCAGGUGGUUUGGGGGACGCGGGGACGGGAGGGGGGAAGAAUGGCGGAGCGGGAGCUGCCGAUGGCGCGGUGGGUGGCGGCAUUUGGCAGCUUGUGCGCGAGGACGGGCAGGAGCACAGCCCGGUGUCGACACUGGACUUCAGCCAGGCUGCUCGACCGGUUGCGGAGACAGAGGCUGAGGGACGAGAAGGAAACCGGGUGCCGACUAUACCGCCUGUGUCCGCCUCUGUGUCCUCCGUGCGGCCAUCCAAUGCUGUGGUGCUGCCAGGAGACGUGAUGCCGCGGGGCAUGGAGCAGGACCUGGACUAUGUGCGCCACAUCCUCAUAGCAGCUGGCUUUGCCGGUCCGCGCCUCCCCCCGCUCCACUCCCAAGACCGCCCCAUCCCGCCCCACAUCUUCCCUCGCUUGGAAUCCAGCAUCGUCGCUGCCGCAUCCCCUCAACCGCUCCCUUCCUCGGCGUUCCCCCCUGGAAGCACACAGGCAGAAGCGGAGCAUGCGAAGAGAGCGGAGGAGCGGCGGCAGCGCCGGCUACUGUUUGAUGCGGUGAAUGAAGCACUGGGCAGACGGCUGGGGCCUUAUGUGGAGCUGCCAGUCUGGGCUGAAGGGUUACGGGAGCUGCUGGUGCGGCCGCGGCCGGUGGGGCUGGCGCUGCUGCAGGAGGUGUGGGGGGAGAUUCACGACUGGCCUGUGGCGGCCUCGGAGGAGGUUUACGAUAUUCUGGAUGAUGCGGCGCGGCGGGAUAUGGGGAGGGGUGUGGACCGAUGGGUGGAUGUGAUUGAGGAGAUUGUGGGGGUGGUGAGGGAGGUUGAGGAAGCUGUAACGAUGCAGUUGAUUAGGGAGGUGGUUGGGGAAAUGACGGAUGUUGAGAGGCAGAGGAAGGCUCGGCGGAGGAAUACUCCUGCUGGCGGCGGCUCGUCAGCUGGUGGUGGAUUUGCGCCUGCUACCCCAACAAGGAGGCUUCUGAGGUCUAGUAGUGGGGGAGGGCUGUCGGUGCAGGAGUUGGUGGGAGGAAAGAAUGGAAACCCUCUCAAGGGAUUUCGGUGGCUGGGAAGAAGAGGGCUUUAG